CAGCAGGACGUCUUAAAGUUUAAGUACAAGUCAGAAUCACUCGGAUGACCGAGACGCGAUGUCUUACAUACAUUACAAUGGGACCUCCGGAUUUUCUUCGUUUUGUGCGACGCAUCGCAUGUUCCCUUCCCCCACAUGGCUUUACGGACAGAGGUACAUGUAUCACGGGUUUCAGGAGGGGCAUAGCGCCAACUUAGACAACGACAAACGCUUCCAAGUUGGUCUCUGUCCCGCCAACAUCGAAAGGUCAGCCAGUGAGGAUAGUGGCUGCUCUAAGGACUCCAAGAAAGGAGACACUGCACACUGCAGUGGGGACACAGAUGCCGAUCCGAAUGGUUCGGAUGUCUGGUGGAAGCUUCAGAGCUCUAGGAAGAAACGUUGUCCGUACUCCAAGGUUCAACUUCUGGAACUAGAGAAGGAAUUUCUCUACAACAUGUACAUCACAAGGGAGCAAAGGGGAGAGAUAGCACGCAAGGUGAACCUGACAGACAGGCAGGUGAAGAUUUGGUUCCAGAACAGACGGAUGAAGAUGAAGCGAAUGAAACAAAGGCACGAGGAAGAAGCGUUCAGAGCACACACCGGCACUGCCCUGGAAACUGACUUAAACUAACACCAAAAAUAUACUACUACUACUACACAUCCAAAUCUUUCUACCAGUACCUUAUCUGUAGUCAGAAGCAAAUCUAAAAUAUAAUUCUACAUCAUUUUUUUUCAUAAUCUGUAGUGAGUAGGCUGCAAUGGCCUGCUAGGAUAUUGUACAAAACAUGUACGGGUAGGAUAUACUGUAGAUGGUUAUGAUUCAGAUAUGUUUACUAUAUACAUGCACAAAGCUGCUUGGGACACUACUAACUCGGACACAGCAAAACUAUUGCUACGCAUCACAAGUUUGACUAUUUCUAUAUCAUCGUUUCUCGCCAAAUAGCGAAGUUUAGUACUUUUAUGUGUAUCGCUCUUGACAAUCAUUGGGUCACAUACUACGUAUAGACACGGCGAAAAAUACAACUUAUACCGAAAGUCCUACAGAAAUAGAUACAUAUAUCAUUUGCUUGUGUAUAUCACAAUGUAAUAUUGCAUAGAAAUAGAUGGGUAAGUGUUUUGUAAAUAUUCUUCGACGAUCUUUUUCAUGUAGACACAUUUGGGACAUUAGUAGUAAUAGCACACGUU